AUGGCUGAUGAGACUUUGGUCUUCGAGGAUGGCGCUUGGUGUGCUGGAUUUCUUCAAUCGAGCCUCCAACUCACCCUCCAGGAGGGCAGUGUAGGACCUCUCACGGACCGUAUCAGCCCUUCGAGCUUCUCAGACAUAGUAGUGCCCAUCGGCUUCAGCACGAUCGUUGUGGCGCUCGUUUUUGUCUGCUUCAUUCUGCUGCAUGAGUUGUACGUGGAGACGGGUGCGACGCCGCUGCUGUCAAACCGUGAUGGGGCCAACUCAGUGCUGCUGCAAUGCGGAUUCCUUGUCAGUUGGUUCGUGCCCUUCAUCGCCGGCUCGAUGAUUAUCCCCGUCUCCUUGGAUUUUGCGCUCGCCAUGGGGCAGUCUGCCACAAGUAGCGGAGUCUUCAUUGGCACCGGGCCGGUUGGUGCAAUGGUGGGUCUCAUUGCCGGCAGCAAGCUCACAAGCGAAGAAAACUGGAACCAGCGGUAUGCUCGCCGAUGCUUCAUCAUCUCUUACAGCAUCUCCACACUUGCCAUGGCUGGCACUGCAUUAUUUAUCCAGGUCUCUCAAGGCUGGCAAAUGUCAGCCAAGCAAUACGCUUAUUGGCUAGUGAUCGCCAUGAACUUCCUGAGCACAUCGUUUGCCAAUGUGCCGAUUCUGCCGUGGAUGACGAUGUGGAAUAUCCUUACACCAAACAAGGAGAAGACGUUCUGGAGCAUGUUGACCCAGUUGGCCAAGAAUGGUGGUUUUGUGUUGGGUCCGGCGGGCUUUGCCCUGAUCAGCUACUUACUUCGCUCGCGUCGUGGUGGCCUGGCCGUGUCUCCCAUAUGCAUGAUGAGCUGGGUCUUCAUGGGUUUGUUCUUCGUGCAGAUUGUGGAAGUGAGCAUUGCGAUGAUGAUCUUCCCAACCCAAGUUUCUCAACACCACAGCCCAGCCAAUGACCUUGCAGACAAAGCAGCGGAAGGCGACCAAGUUCAUCCUGAAGAGUUGCCAGCAACAUCGCGUGAGCAGAUGGUGUGGAACAUGGUGUUCUACUCCUACGAGCGUGCUUUUUCCAUUGCUGCUAUCGAGGUUGCCACGAUCAUGCUGCUGGAGGUCUUGUAUGGAUGGUCUACAGAGCUUAGCGGUCUCUCCUUUGUGGCUAUCGCUUUGGGGAGUGGGCUCAUUGCGGCAAUCGCCGCAUUCGCCAUCUCGCACGGGCUCUUGACUGAGGCAGGCACUUUCGCAGUCAUGUCAUUCUUGGGGCUUUGUGGGUCGAUCCUCCUUUUUGACUUCAACUUCUUUGGAGCUGGAAGUCUGAUCAUCGCUGAUAUCAUCGUCUAUGGCGGGGCGAGUGUAGCAAAUGGCAUUGCUGAAGCGUGGGCAUGCCGUGCAGCCACAAAGGGCACCAGCUACAAUGUCGAGGUCUUCCGCUUCCACAACAUUUUCGGGAUUUGCAUCAGCAGGUUUUGCGCUCCUAUCGUCGCGCGGUUCCUUCUCGAUUUCGGCGGUCGAGACCUGUAUGCAUCCCUUCAAGUGUUCUUGUGCUUUGCGGCAGCAGUCACAGUGUACAAAACAGUACUCCUGGUGUACAUCGGACACGAUGGCUGUCAGACAAAGCUGCAGAAUUCGAAUAACAUUAAUCAGGAUUCUGGUAUCAAGUCUGAAAUAUGA